CCUCAUCUGUUUCACCAACCUGUUACAAUGGCAACAUCCUUUUGAGCUGAGAAAGCGAUACAAAUGCACGCCGCCCUGUUUAUCGACGACUCGUGCUUUCGUAAUUCACCACGAGUCCGAUGAAAACUACUAACUGUGGCUAACAAAAUCCAGAUCAAAGAACAGAGUGACGGCCAUGGCAGCAGGCGUCAGUUUACUGAGUGACCUGCCGUACACCAGCGGCACUUCAGUGAACAGCAAAGACGUAACCACUGACAUGGAGCCAGUUAACGUCAGAGUCCCUACUGCAAAGUACACCAAAGUUGGCGAGACUUUGAGGCACGUUAUCCCUGGACAUAUGCAGUGUUCAAUGGCGUGCGGUGGUCGGGCUUGCAAAUACGAAAACCCAUCUCGCUGGAGCGAUGAAGAACAAGCCAUCAAGGGACUGUACUCGUCCUGGAUCACCGAUAACCUUUUAGCCAUGGCGAGGCCUUCCACUGAAAUCAUUGAAAGAUUCAACAUCAUUGAACAAUUCCAAACGUGUGGCUUAAAGACCGUAAUAAACUUGCAGCGUCCAGGGGAACAUGCCAGCUGCGGCAGCACCCUUGAGCCAGAGAGCGGUUUCACUUAUCGCCCGGAGGUUUUCAUGGAAGCAGGGAUUUAUUUUUACAACUUUGGCUGGAAGGAUUAUGGGGUGGCAUCCUUGACUACUAUCCUUGACAUGGUAAAAGUUAUGUCAUUUGCCAUGCAAGAGGGAAAAAUGGCCGUUCACUGCCAUGCUGGACUUGGCAGGACAGGUGUUUUAAUAGCGUGCUUCUUAGUAUUUACAUGCCGGAUGAGUGCGGAUCAGGCCAUUCUGUUCGUCCGAGCUAAACGGCCAAAUUCCAUCCAGACUCGUGGCCAACUGUUGUGUGUGCGAGAAUUUGCCCAGUUUCUUGUGCCACUGCGAAGUGUGUUCUCGUGUGCCGAGCCCAAAGCUCACGCCGUCACGUUGUCGCAAUACUUGACCCGUCAGCGCCAUAUGCUGCACGGAUAUGAAGCGAGGCAAAUGAAGAACAUGCCAAAGAUCGUCCAUCUGGUCUGCAGGCUCCUACUGGACAUAGCAGAGAACCGACAAACUGUGGAAGAGGAGGUGUUGGAGAUUCCAGACCUUACGGAGGAAGUAAAAAAGACGGUCUCCCUGCAAGCCAUCCAACAGUUAGGGAAAGAGAUGAGAGGGAAGGGGAUUCCAGUCUCCUCACCUCGGUCUCCUGAACAACUCAACUUUCCGCUUAAUGUACCAUGUACUUCACCUCAUGACCAGGAGUUUAAUUUGCUUUGGAGAUGGGCAACUGUGGACAAUACCGACAAGUCUCAAAUCGCCUUAAGAAAAUGUCUUAGCUAUAGCGACUCAGCCUUGCACAAACUGGACUUCAGGAUUCAAGGAAUGCCAUGUCCCCAAAAUUCUCUUGGAAGCAAAUUUGGUUUGGAUUUUUCUGAACGCUACGUAUCACAGAGCAGAUUAAGCCCUGAUCUUCAACCAUCUGAACCUCCAUUGACCAAUGAAAGCAAAAGCAAUCCCAACCAUGACUCUUUAACCAGUUUCAGUACUUCUCUGGUACAAUCAGAAAAAGCUCAAAGUCAAAACCCCUGCUCUCCUAUCACCAAAAAACGGAUGGCUAUGAAGGAGGCAAAGCGCAGCAUGUCUUACGGAUUUUUAGGGAGCACCAUGGACAACAGUACAAAGUGGACCACAGAAUACGAUGGAAAUGUUCAAAUGUGUCAAGAUGUCAACGAUGCCAAAGAACAAUUUACUGAUGUUCCCAUGUUAACACUUCAAAAUGAACUCACACCCGAGACUCGGCAUCUGUUUGUGGCCAAAGCUCUUACAAUGGACAUAAAAGUAGAGGAACUUGGGAAUACGGUCUCAGUGUGGCAGACAGAGUUGAACUCUCGUGAAGGUGCAUGGGAGAGGUUGUGCAGUGAGAGAGAUCCUGUAGUGCUAUCCACUCUCAUGUGGUCCUGGCUAGAGCAGUUAAAGGAACCCGUUAUCACGAAAGAUGAUGUUGAGACUUUGGCUGAAAGGAGAUGCAAUCCCCAACAUGCUCUGAAUUCACUUGACAAGGGACAAAAUCAAACUCUUCUGUGUAUUCUUGACUGUGCUGCUCAUUUGCUUAAUAUACCAGAAGAUGUUGAGAACGCCUUUGUUGAACGCACAAUCAAAGCAUUAACUUGGAUUUCCUCUGAUUCAGAGAAUGAGCAGUUCAUCUAUAAGACUUUAAAAGAAGUUGUGAUCCAAAUCCUCAAUGAUCUGAGGGCAAAAGCAAUGGAGGAGCUGACCUCUCACUGUCCACAUAUACCUUGAUCAAUUUACCAAGAAACACUGAAUCUGUAUAGCACUGACAUGCAAAACACUCUAAGUGCAUCUGACAUGUUUUCUUGUAAAUAAGCAUUUUUUUAUCUUAAAGGAUUCUGACAACAAACCGUUAUUUCUGAAUGGCCUGUGGCCGGGAUUAAGUUGGUUUGAAGCUAAUCUAUUUGAUGAGCAUAUAAUGCGUGCCGAGAGCAAUCGGUUAAUAUCAUUAUCUCUUUUUUUUAACAGAAAUUUGCUUUUCAUUUUGCCUUUGUCAAGUAAUGUUUUUAACACAUUUUUUAACGAAACAAAAAUAAUUACUGCCAUACAUGUGCCACACAAUGUUUUGUUAGGCUAUUUUUCUAUUUUGUUCUUAAUAUUUAUUUUUGUACACAUGCUAUUUAUUAGCUUACUGAUAAAAAUAUUUAUUGGAAAGUAUUUCUUUAUUUAUUUUUUAUUUUAAUGUUUUGUCGGCUGUAAUAUGAUUUUCAGUAUUUAGUCAUCAUAUACUGUAGUUUAAAAGAUGUACCUCCUUUUUGGCUGAACCAAAUACCAUCACUGUGCAACCAUGAAACCAUGUUUAUUUGCUUUAUUGAAGAAAGCAAAUAUCAGAUUUGUUAACUAUUGCCUUUGCAAUAUAAAAUAGUGUCUGUACAAUAGAAGGGCAACUGAAUGCUUUCAUUCUUAAUGCAAUGCGGUUUACAUUAGAGAAAGCUCAGCAUGGCCUUGAUGACAAUGCAAUUCCUAUUGAAUUGAAGAAAAAUACUGCCCUUUAGCCAGGCUUUGCCAGGAUGCUCUCUGCAUUUUAUCGCCAUUAUUAGUAAUUAAGCUGCUUCUUUUUUAUGUAUUUUAAAGAUAAACGUAUGUUAUCAUGUUGUGUUUUAACAAUGUAGUGUAACACUGUAGUGUUUAGAAAUUGACUGACCUCAUGUUAACUAAAAUGAUUACAUUGUCUUUUUAGGUAAAUGUCAUGUAGCCAACAGUAAAUGUUUAUUCAUUUUGUCUGUUAAAGAAUUGGGAGAAGUUAUCUUGUCUGAUGUAAGAAAGAUUAAUGUGGAUUUUUGAAAGCACUAUUUUUAUUUCAAGUCUCUAAAAUGUUCAUAAUGUUAUCUUUUUUUACAUUGAUUCACAUUUGCUUGCAUUAAACAAGUUUCAUUAUUUUAUACUAAUAAAUUAAGUGUGUGUUUGAUUAUAAUGGUAAUUCAAUGUAAAAC